GCUUGGCAGCGUGUCUCCUCACUUCGGCGGUUCUGGCCUCCCACACAAUGGCGCUUGAGAAGAUGCCCUGAAGGUCGGCACAAGUCGAUAUCGACGUACACACGAAGGUCCGAGCGUGUCCGGCUUGGUUGACUCGCAAGAGCAACGAGUCGCAACAAAGGCAACAUGAAGCGGAUCGAGCGAUUCAGGCAGCGGGCGAACGAAAAAAUCGGAGCCGUUCAGGCGCAGACAGGACCGUCACAGAGUCUACAGACCCUCCAGGCUAGCGUCGAGGCCAAACGAUCGAUAGCCGAGAAAAUCCAGGAUGUUGCGACUGGUUAUGUCAGGCAGCUAGGCAAGAAGAAGCCCUCGGCCCACGCGGGCGGCGAGGGAUUGCUCCCUAUUGAGAGCCUGGCACUCGUCGUGUCUGAUCAGGCCGAGACCAUGCCUGCCGAGUCCGAAUAUAGCCAAGCUCUACGUGCUUUCGGCGCAGCCCAUAGCGACAUUGCGACGUUCCAGACGGAAUAUGUCGACACGCUCAACAAUGGCUACCUCGAUGCGCUCGAAAGGCAGCUCAUCGCUAUAUCAGAGUACAAGGCCCAGUCGAAGAAGCUCACGGAUAGGAGAUUGACGUAUGAUUCCGUGUUGGGCAAGAUCCAGAAGAGCAAGACCGAAAAGGCGGCGCUGGAAGAAGAGCUCCGCAGUGCGAAAGCUAAAUUCGAGAGCACGCAAGACGAUGUCCAGGCACGAGCGCUUGCUAUUCAGGGCAGCGAUCUCGACAGUCUGGCCAAUCUGACCGCCUUUGUCGAAGCAGAGCUCCGCUUCGUCACGAGCUACAAAAGCCGGCUCGAGGCAAUGCUCGACGAAUGGCCCGACGAUCAGCCUGGAACGCCUUCGGCCGGUCUACAUCAGCGUUCGUCGACCAUCAAGUCACGUACGAAGCCCGUUCAGAAACACACCCGGCAACGAUCAGUCUCCCAUUCCUCAUCGGACAACGAGACGGCCGCCACAGCUUCCAGGCUGGAUCCUGAAGCUAUCAAAGGCCGUGGUCGAUCGCUCUCCAAUGUCUCUGCCGCUUCGAACCAGAGCGACAGAAGUCUCAAGAACAGAGCAAAAGGAGUCAGCAGUGCUGUCGUGGGCGGAAUGCCCAAGCUUGGCUCGAUCAGAUUGCCGGGCCACAGGGCGAGAUAUGAGGAUCUGGACGACAACGCGGAUCUAUCACCGGUACUAGACACGACCGCUUCGCUGGCGGUGCCUCACUCGCCUGCAUUCAGAAGGACGCACACCGCUCCACCGGCUACGCAGACCCUGCGUACUGUUGUGGCGACCUUUGACUACACUGCCAGUGCGGACGACGAAGUCACGCUCAAGGCAGGGGACCAUUUACUCGUGUCUCGCGAGAUCAAUGCCGAAUGGUGGACAGGCCAAAAUGCGCGCACAAAGCGCGAUGGCAUGUUUCCCUCCAAUUACACCAAGCCACUCUCACCCGUGAGCGACGAUUAUGACAGCGAGGUCUCUGCGCCUUCACGAACAACGAGCAUGCAUAAGGGCUCCGAUGAAGGACACGAUCGCUCCUCUUCGCCAGAUGGCAGAUCGCAAGCUCUAGCAGAGCUGAGCAAAACGCUCGUAGCGCCCAACAUAGGCAACAGAUCUCGCUCAGGAUCUACAUCAUCUAUCGGUCAUCCGGGCAGAAGGCCGCCGCCACCUCCUCUGCCUCGCUCACGUCGGGGCACGCUUUCCAAAGUCACCAAUGCUUCGCCUUUCGAUGAUGCCGAGGCCAGACCGCCCAACAAUGAGACUGCGCCCGACGCUUCGCUCUUGACGCCGACAGCCGGCGACGACGAUAUCGAUGCGGCUUACGGUAGUGUGUCGGCUCUGCGGAAACGACUCUUUGCGCAAUGAUGCCUACGUUUUGCGAAUGAGGUCAUAGUGACCCGGUCUUAGCAGUAGCGUGUUUGUAUGGAAUUCGAUCAUUGCUUGUUCUGAACCGUUUGAGCCGUCGAAGUCGUGAAAGUUGACCUGAGCGGUCUGAGUAUCGCCAGAUUGCGCGCCGACGAGGGAGCGAUCGAGGUCUGCGAUCUUGAGCGAGGUCCGAAGUGCUCGCGUGACAGCGACGAUGCCCAAGUGAUCUACUUCUUUCUGAGUCGGCUCGAUGUAGAGCUGACAGAAGUUGUGCAUCGUCGGCAUGCCCGA